GAAAAUAUGAAAGGUCACACAGACAUUAAAAAAUACAUCCAUUAUCUAAUCUAAAGCUAGCUUGAGAAGACACUUUUAUUCAUGUGGCUGAGGCAAACAUGAGUCAUCAAACAACUGAAAGAUUUGAAUCAACUGAAACAACUUUUAUAAAGCUUUGAAAGCCUUAUAAAUUUGUGCCAUUUACAUUGGUUCGAAUUACCCACUGCAACAAGUCCACUGAUCAUUCAAAUCAAAGAGAUUUGUUAAACAUGAAGAAUUUGAAAACUGUUGAGAAUUUCACUGGAUUUCCUAUUAUUAGCUGUAACAGGCUUUUGCUUGAUCAUGGUAGACAGAAUAAUAUAUAUGCAGUGAUAAAUAGAACGAAAAGUCCAGCAGAAAAGGAGGCAAAUAGCAUUCUAGAGCAUGUAAGACUAGGAUCCAAUAUCACCACAAUAUUGAAGGGGAAGUUGAGCUUAGGAGCCAAAAUUAUCCAAAAUGGUGGAGUGGGUAAGAUCUUCAAGCAAAAGUUCAAUGUUGGAAAUGGAGAGAAGAUCUUGAAGGCUUCUCAAUGUUAUAUCUCCACAACUGUCGGUCCAAUAGCUGGUUUGCUCUUCAUCACAACUCACAGGAUUGCCUUUUAUAGUGAAAGAUCCAUUAAACUCCAGUCCUCAAGUGUAAUGUCAGCCAGAGCCCAUUAUAAGGUAUCGAUACCUUUAGGAAAGAUAAAGGGCACAAUCUUGAGCCAAAACGAGAAGAGGCCUUCACAGAAGUAUAUUGGACUUGCUACUGUUGAUAACUUUGAUUUCUGGUUCAUGGGAUUUCUCAAUUAUCAGAAAACCUACACUUGCAUUCUAAAAGCUAUUUCUCUACCUCAAAAUUUUCAACUAACCCAGAAGUGAUGAUCAGAAUAUCAUUUUUAGUUGUAGAGAUUUUCUUCUUAUGAAAGAUAAUAGUGUAAAGUACCAAGAGAGUUUAU